AUGGAACCGAAGGAAACGCUGGAUGCCGAACCAAUUUCAGUGCGAGAGCUGUUUCGUUUUGCUUCUCCACGGGAUGUGUGUUACUUUGCGAUAGGGACAGGAUGUGCUCUCCUUGGUGGUGCUAUUCAACCAUUUGUUUUAAUAUUGGGCGGAUGGAUCACAACCGUAUAUCUUUCGCCUGAGAAGAAAGUCGGAAAUGAUCAAUUCUGGAAUGAUGUUAUGUUAUACGUCACGUGCUUGGGAAUAGCUGGUACGGGCGCGUUCGUAACAUCUUUCUUACAGUCACUUUUCUUGCAUCGAGGAUGCUUGAAUGUUGUGGACACUAUCCGCAACGAGUACCUAAGUGCUGUGCUGCGACAGGACGCAGCAUGGUUUGACGUGAAUCCAUCUGGAGUCAUUACAGCACAACUCAAUGACAGUAUCGCUCGCAUUCAAGAUGGGAUGGGUGAUAAACUGGGUUUACUCGUUCGUGGAUUCUCCAUGUUCUUCUCGUCGGCAAUCGUCUGUUGCUUGAUAAGUUGGCAGGUUACACUUAUUUCACUUACUAUAGGACCAAUCUCUGCAAUGACACUCGCGAUGCUCGGAAAGGUGAACGCAGUUAGUAUCAGUAAGGCCAUGAAGUCGUUAACAGUGGCCGCCACAAUAUGCGAAGAGUCCGUAAUGAAUGUAAGGACGGUACAGUCCUGUAAUGGACAGGAACAAAUGACAAAGGUUUGGAUGCUAUGGAUUCUACCAUGGACUCGUCGCGCACCGGGGGGAUGUUCUGCUUUGCGCCCACAUAUGAUGGCUCUACUGAAGGCACGCGUUUCCGCCGCGAUCAUUUAUCACACUAUCGACCAGACGACCGCAAAUGACUCGAAGUCGAGAGAUUUGGAGAAAGAAAUAGUAGCUGGUCAUGUCGUCUUCGAUAAUGUUCAUUUCACGUAUCCUACAAGAGACAAAGCUGUACUAGAUGGACUGUCCUGGGAGGCUCGUGCCGGAGAGAAAAUCGCACUUGUUGGACCAAGUGGUUGUGGAAAGAGCACAUCGAUCGCUCUCCUCACACAACUCUAUCAAGCGAAUAAUGGUAGAAUAACCAUUGAUGGUGUUGAUCUUCACGAGAUGGACGUAUCAGCUUUACGAAAGAGGAUUGGAAUUGUUCAACAAGAACCACAGUUAUUCAAUGGGACCAUCAAAGAGAAUAUUUCACUGAACCGAGAAGACGUCGACGAUGCUAGGAUCAAAAGAGCGUCCGAAACUGCAAACGCCACUAAAUUCAUUGAAAAACUUCAGAAUGGUUUCGAUACGUUUAUUGGACCUGGUGGAGUGACAUUGUCUGGUGGUCAGAAGCAACGCAUUGCCAUCGCUCGCGCAAUAGUCACUGAUCCAUGCAUCCUCUUUCUUGAUGAAGCGACAAGCGCUUUAGAUGCUAGUAAUGAGAAGAUCGUUCAGACUGCGCUAGAACAGGCCGCCAAAGGCCGCACAACGAUCACCAUCGCUCAUCGUCUGGGGGCCAUAAAAAAUGUUGGCAAGAUUUUUGUAAUUGAACAAGGAAAAGUUGUUGAAGCAGGAUCUCAUUCUGAACUGUUGGCUAGGAACGGUACUUAUGCUAAGUUGAUAAGAACGCAGGAGUUUGAUGACGUCAUAGACGACAGCGGCACAUCAGAGAAGGCCAAUGAUCUUCCAACAGAACAUAGAUAUAAUCGAUCAUCAGUCAUAUUCAAGAAAUCAGAAGUGGCAACACAUCCAUCCAUGCGCAGCUUAGCAACUGGAUGUAUUUCUAGCAAUUACCCCACCUACCCAACAAAUUCCAAAAUUUCUAGCGGCUUGCUCAUGACCUAUCGCAGCUUGGAAGGAUCUUAUCUGCUCGCACUUUGUUCGUUAAUAGUCGCUUUUGUUCGCGCUCUGGAGUUGCCCGGUCUUGGCUUAGCCUAUCUUUGCGCUUUCAAGGCGCUUCAGAUGAGCGAAGACACCUAUUGGGUCUAUGCAAUUUAUGCGUUUCUAGUUUCGCUCGGCUGUGGGUUGCUCAUAUGGCUCUCGCAAUGUUUAUCGUUCUUCUUUUCGGGCUGGCUAGGAGAACGUGUAAUGGAUAAUCUUAAAAUUCGCGUAUUACGAUCACUGCUUCACAGACCAAUGUGCUACUUUGACAGUAAGGAGACCUCACCAGCAUCAUGCGUGGCCUCCAUCUUACAACACUCGCCAAAUGCUAUGGCCGCAUUGGACUAUCGGUUCAUGACAAAUCUCAGCAAUAUGUUCUCCAGCGUCAUUGGUAUUUGCAUAGCUUUCUCCUUUUCGUGGCACCUCGGCAUUCUAGGAACAGCGUUGUCUUCCGCGCUGCUCAUACUUGCCUUGCUCAACAUUCGAAUAUCUUACAAAUGCCAUGAGAAGAUGGAUAGAGAGGAUAGCAGCGCAGAGUUAGCAGUGGAAAUUGUCGAACGGGCACGUACUAUACAACUAGCCGCCAUCGAGAAAGGUUAUCUAGAAAAAUAUCAUCAACAACGGCUGAAAUCUGUACUGUAUGACCGGCGCAUAGGACUCGUCGACUCAAUCAACUUUGCCAUCACUCAGUCGUUUGUGUUUUUCUGCGAUCUGUCAUGUUAUGUGUUAGGAACAUAUUUGAUCUACAACGGGCUGUAUGAUACCGAAAGAGUUUUCUUCGCUUUUCUGGGAGCUCAGUUUUCUGGAUGGUCGAUAAUGUACUCUGCCCCUUACUUCCCUGAUCUGAUCAAAGCUGACGGAUCCGCAAGAGUUCUUUUCGAAAUGGUCGGCGAACAGUCAGCAAAAUCCUAUGAAUCAGGAGCACAACCGGCUAUCUCCGGUAAUGUAAAGCUGGCUGACGUGAAAUUCUUCUAUCCUGCUCGCCCAGAUCUAAACGUAAUAAACGGCCUAUCGUUGGCUGCUGAACAUGGAGAGUCUAUUGCUCUCGUAGGUCCAUCUGGUUGUGGGAAAAGUACCGUAGUGAGCCUGCUGCAGAGAUUUUAUGAAGCUCAACAAGGAUCUGUGUGCAUAGACGACAAAAAAAUCGAUGACAUCAAUAUGUGCUACCUUCGGAGUAGAGUAACAUUAGUAGGACAGGAGCCGGUGCUCUUCAAAGAACAUUGCAAUCAUUCCCUGAGAAGGAAUAUAUUCGAGCAGACAUUCAAUCAAGUCGAUCCUGCAUCAAGAAAUGAGUCAAUACAUAAUUUCAAAAGUUCCAUACUCGAUAACGUAAUGCUAGGCGUGGACGGCUGCUCUCGAGAAGAUGCUGUUGCUGCAUGUCACAUGGCGAAUGCUAACAAGUUCAUUGAACUUCUGCCUGAAGCCUACGACACGGAUGUCGGCGAAGAAGGUCAUUUGUUGUCUGGAGGUCAGAAGCAGCGAAUCGCUAUUGCACGUGCGCUGGUGCGUAAACCCCAGAUACUGUUACUGGAUGAGGCAACAAGCGCACUUGAUACCCAGAAUGAGCAAAUUGUUCAACAAGCACUGAACGAUGCCAAAGUUGACCGCACUACUAUCAUUAUUGCUCAUCGUCUAAAUAGUGUUCAACACUGCGACAGAAUCUUCUACAUCGAGAAUGGGAAAGUAGUUGAAAGUGGGACUCACACCUCACUCUUGCAAGUCAAUGGAAAAUAUGCUCGACUGAGCUUCUUGAGGAUGCCACUUCUAACAUUUGUAUUGUGCGCUCUAACUCAGCUCUCAAUUCUCAUCCCGACAAUGUCAAUGUUGUUCUGCUCACGACUGCAUAGGACGAAAGCGGGUGGAUCUUCUUCAGAAGAUAAAGGAAAGGAUGAUAUGGUACUGCCACCACGAGUAUCAUUCAAAGAAAACGGAGAGAUGGUGCUUGACCACAGAAGCGAAAAAUCACAUCGGCGAUCUCAACGCGCAAACGGCGGAGAAUCGGAGCCAAAGAAUAGAAAGAAUGGACUACAUUCCUCAACACUCUAA